CGCACCCGGGAUCCGAACCUGGGCCGCCAGUAGCGGAGCGCACGCACUUAACCGCUAAGCCACGGGGCCGGCCCCUCCUAGGGAUGUUUGUAAUUUGGAAGUGGACAAAGAUUUAAGGUAAAUGAAUGCUCCUCAUGGUGGAAUGCUUCCGAAUGCUAGAGGGAGCACUUGAGGGUACAGUUCACUAGGAAGGCCUGUGCAUAUAGAUUCACGGGCCUGAAAGAAGUUUCUCUGGGUGCUGGGUGUGUGCUCUAGGAGGUGCAAGCAGUAACGCUACUUUGUCAGCCACAGAGAAGCCCCAGGUUGGCGGGGGGAGGGGAUUGGCCUUGUGUAGGCAGUAUGGGGAAACCAAGACAGAGAGUCCUAUCCAGGAGAGGGUAGGGCAUUGGGGAGCAGUCACCCAAGUUUAUUUUCACCAUGGCCCAAGGAAAAAGAAAUGAGGCAACUUCAGAUCCUAUCAGGAUAGACACCACUAUCCAAAGUGCCCAGUCUCAGGGGUGUGGGACUCUCUUCAAGGCUCUUAGUGGGGAGGAGGGUGGUGGUCUCAGCAUGAGAUGGGGUCAGGCUAGGAAUCUGAGAUAACAGUAGAUACCAGAAUUCAGUCCUUAAGGAGCAGAAUCUGGGCCUGAACCAAGCUCCAGGACCCAGUGGGAGGGGAGAGGGACCCCCAGCCACAUAGCCUGAAGCUGUCAGAGCACCAAAUAGUUGGGCAACCUGCUAAGUGUCAGAUUCUUUAUCAUGUGUUAACCCUCAUAACAAGACUGUGCCAUGGGCAACAUAACCCCAGCUCACAGGUUCACGGGCAGCUGCAGAGGAAUUAUGAGACUAGCCUAGUCUCUACUGAGAGAGAGAUUUAAACCUGGAUUGCUUCUGUUCCACAUCUCAUCCUUGUCCCAAUAUUCCACAGGAGCUCCUAUUCCUGAAGAAGCCUGGACAUGGGCAAGUGCACAGCCUCUUAUGAAGGGGAUGAGAGAGGUGGUGGUUUAAGGUGAAACUCAGCCUGUUCCUGUGGCCUAAGGCUGCACUGAGGGCAGGCAGAAGUCAUGGUCAAGAAUCCUUGCUGGGGGCCGGCCCCAUGGCUUAGCCGUUAAGUGCGCACGCUCCACUACUCGCAGCCCGGGUUCGGAUCCCGGGCGCGCACCAACGCACUGCUUCUCCGGCCAUGCUGAGGCCGCGUCCCACAUACAGCAACUAGAAGGAUGUGCAACUAUGACAUACAACUAUCUACUGGGGCUUUGGGGGAAAAAAAAAAGGAGGAGGAUUGGCAAUAGAUGUUAGCUCAGAGCUGGUCUUCCUCAGCAAAAAGAGGAGGAUUAGCAUGGAUGUUAGCUCAGGGCUGAUCUUCCUCACAAAAAAAAAAAAACAAGAAUCUUUGCUGGGGUCUGAAGCCCCUGACUCACUCUUACCUGGUAUCGUAGAAAGGAAUCCAACCACCUAAGUUUUCCAGAUACAUAAAGCUCACCCCGUUACAAUUUAAAACUUUUUAAAAAACUCAUUUUGGAAGGAAAUCCUUGUAAAACAUUACACUCAUCUUCAGCACAUCUGUAAUAUAAAUUUUUCUGGAUAGCUGAGGAUCAUUCAUGGAAACCAGUGGCAUCUCUGCAGCAAUGUUUUCGGAAGCUGUAACAGUGUCAGGGAAGCUGUUUGCCUUAACGUCAAAUGACCUUAGACCACUUUUAAAAUGCUUAUGACUGCUUUAAAGGUGUUUUCUGGUGUUGCUACUCUUGCUCCCAGGCUAUCAGGAGUCCCUUGCUGCUCUAAAUGUGCUUCUAAUCCAUGAGUACAGGAACACACAUGGACAUUAAUAUGUGAAUAAAGGACAAGUAGGCCACGAUUGAGGCCUGGAGAGUCCAGCCAAUGAGUAAAGUGCAUGCAUAUUGUAGCUGCUCCCUCUAGACCCCACAAUGUUGUCCUGUAGUUGACCUCCAGAUAAGUGAAGUAUCACUGCACGUCAGUCCCAAGUUUACUGUUUGCCUCUUCGAUUGAAAAAGUCCACUGAAGAUUGCAAUAUAGAUUGUUCCCAACAAUAGGAGACAGUUGGAAUAUUUAAGACAAGGAAGGCAGCAUGGCAUGGAAAUGAAAAACAGUCUUUGGCACUGGAAAGAUCUGGGUGGGAAUCCUGGUGUCCGCUUUCCAACUGCAUGAUUGAUUUGGGAACAGGCCACCCACCUACCACUCUGAGCCUUAGGAUCAUGAGGAUGAAAGGAGAUAAUGCAGGAAGAUGCUUAGCACACCCCUGGCAAAAAUGGGGUGAGGAGGAGCCAGAAAAUCGGAAUAUGUGUUUGGGUGCUUGUGGGUGUGUCACAAAGGAAAAAGUGGGAGCCUAAAGAGAAAGGGAACUGGGCAGAAAAGGAACAGUAAAGGAGACACGCCAUCCUGGCUUCCCACAAAGACGUAGACUUUGUGUGUGUCACCUUGGGUAGCCCACAAGGCAUGGCGGCUGCCCCAGAGAACACUGGGAGGGGAGGCCAGCACUCCCCACCCAUCAGUUGGGAUUGGGAACUUCUAGACAGCUAGCUCUGUUCUCCCUUUUUUCCUGCCCUGAUGAACACUAGGUUGGUGGGCCUGGCAGGGAGCAAGGGAGGGGAGGAAGUCUCCACAAUGGUUUGCUCCCACCUGAACCUAAUGACAAAAUGAAGCUGCCCAAACAAAGCAGCCAUCUCUUCCUCAAAGCCCCCAUCUGCCUAGGGGCCAGGCUGGGAAAUGGGUACUUUUGGGGGUCUUAGCCCAGAAGUGGUGGUAUGGGGAAGGAGAGGGUGGCAGGGAAGCUUGCUGGCAGGGUGGCUGUCCUCUGUCCUUGCAUCUCUUUUGGUGCCUGCCUCUAGGCCCUCCAUUUAGCCACUGAGCACCCACUCUGGGCUGGACAUUGAGCGAGAGAGCUGGAAUACAGAGCCGAAGGACACAUGGUCCUGGCCCCCAGAGAAAGACUUCCCAUCCCUGGGUCCUUGCCUCCUGCCAUCCUCAGCUCCCUUACCCACUGACCCCUCGCCCCACUUCUCUGAACCCCUGUCUCUUCUGCCCCUCUGACUUUGUUCACGUGUUAACCCGACUCCGCAGUGUGUGUGCUCCCAGAGGGAAACGACACAAAGGAGGGGGGGGCAGAAAGGAGGGAAUCCCGCUGACAUCACUGCUCAUUAGCAUGUGUGACCUCAUCAGGGGGCGGGACGGUUUCCCCAGGUGUCUUGGGGGAGGGCAUGGGGGGGUGGUAUUUAAAUGGAAAAGCUGACAGUGCUGCUGAGUGAGGGAGCGGGUGCUGCGAGCCGCCAGGCUGCACACGCACACGCACACCGAUGCACACGGACUUCUACACCGAAAUGGACACGGACACAGAAACCACAGCACUCUGCCCCUCCGGCAGCCACCAGGCCUCCCCCCCAGGGACGCCCACACCAGAAGCAGAUGCCACACUGCUGAAGAAGCCAGAGAAACGGUUGGCAGGGUUGGACAGAGGCGGGCCACCCCGUGCCCCAGGGGCCCCCAGACGAAGAGGCAGCAUGCCUGUCCCCUACAAGCACCAGCUGCGGCGGGCCCAGGCUGUGGAUGAACUUGACUGGCCACCUCAAGCCUCAUCCUCUGGUUCCUCUGACUCCUUGGGCUCAGGGGAGACAGUGCCCAGCCAAAACGAUGGCAUCUUCAAGGUCAUGCUGGUGGGGGAGAGCGGCGUGGGCAAGAGCACCCUAGCAGGCACUUUUGGUGGUCUCCAGGGAGACAGUGCUCAUGAGCCGGAGAACCCAGAGGACAGCUACGAGAGACGCAUCAUGGUGGAUAAGGAGGAAGUGACUCUAGUUGUUUAUGACAUCUGGGAACAGGGAGACACAGGGGGGUGGCUGCAGGACCACUGCCUUCAGACCGGGGAUGCCUUUCUCAUCGUCUUCUCAGUCACCGACCGACGAAGCUUCUCCAAAGUCCCAGAGACCCUACUUCGGCUCCGAGCUGGGAGACCCCACCACGACCUGCCUGUCAUCCUUGUUGGAAACAAGAGCGACCUGGCCCGAUCCCGGGAGGUCUCACUGGAGGAGGGCCGCCACCUGGCAGGGACACUGAGCUGCAAGCACAUCGAGACGUCGGCCGCUCUGCACCACAACACGCGGGAGCUCUUCGAGGGCGCGGUUCGCCAGAUCCGGCUGCGGCAGGGCCGGAGCCGUGCCGGGGGCCAGCGGCCCGAGUGGGGCAGCCCCGAGGGCCCCGCGCCGCCCGCGCGCCGCGAGAGCCUCACCAAGAAGGCCAAGCGCUUCCUUGCCAACCUGGUGCCGCGCAACGCCAAGUUCUUCAAACAGCGCUCCAGGUCGUGUCACGACCUUACCGUGCUUUGAGCCGCGGUCGCCAUGGUCACGCGGUCGCCAUGGUCACCGCGCCCUCCGCUCGCCCCCUUGCCCCUCCCCGCUCCGCCCCGGUCCGGCUUCCUUUGUGAAGACCGUCUAGGAAACCAAAAACUCCCAGGACGCCCUGGUGUGGCCGCGGGGGGCGGGCCCAGACCCCUGCGGGGAAGGGGCCGGGGGGGGGGGGUCUUCCCCCCUCGGCCCCGCCCCGCCCUCGGGAGUCCUGUGGAUACCUCCUUUCCGCAGAGCGCCUGGAAGGCCACGACGCAGCCCUGCGGUGGGGGCUCGCUGCGGCCGGUGGGCGGGGCGGGUUUCGGCUGGCAGGAAGGAAAAUAGUUCUGCAAGGUAUUUUGUUUUUUAUUAAUUCGCGCUUGACCACCUCUCCUGUAAAAAGAUCCUAACAGCGAGAACUGGCAAAGUGCUUUGUAGACUCCUUUACAGUUUUCCACCUUUGUACUCUGCGCGCACAUGCCUCACCUUUAAGAGAGUCUUAAAGGUAAAGACACGGAGACGCUUCUUGGAGACUUUUCAUAAAACGUUCGAGCUCUUAUCUGCUGCACUUGUCCACUUUGCCUUUAAGCAGUUCUUAAAGGCAAGGACCUCGAAGCGCCAUUUUCCAGAAUUAAGUCUGUGGUUUACAAUUACACCACGGCACUUCCCCUUUAAGGUUAUUAAAGGUAAGGUGUGGACAGACGUUUGCCUUCAGAUGACAGCGCGAAGAGCUGAGCCGGUGGCAAACCUCUUUCGGCCAGGGCCCAGGAAGCACCAGCAAGGGGGCUGUCCUUCCCUUUUCAAUAAAGAAUUUUUCUACUGC